AUGGCCUUUCGCUGUGACGACGUUAUCAAAAACGUGCAACGCGCCUACCUGGUACUUGGGCUCUUUUUUUCGUCUGCGGCUGCUGCGGCUCUUUUGGAACCAAGAUGUAUGGUCUAUAUUGACGAUAAAUUUAGUCGUAGAGGUUCAGGAGGUGGUAGGGCGAGUGAAAGUCCUUUGGGAGGAAGUGUGAGAAGGAAGGAGGAAUUCGAGUAG